CAAGGGAAAAUACAAACUUCUUUCACAGCAGCUUAAGUGCUUCUAACUUGGAAGAUAACUAUAUUCAGACAUCAAGUCAUAUAAAUCAGUAUUUCAGAGCUCAAAGUCGACCGAAGGACCAUCAUAUAAAUGUCACGACAAAGAAGGACCCAACACCUUCCAAGUCAACAUCUUACAUGGAUGUCCUUCGCCAACAUACUAGUGUUAUUCCAGGUAUCCUUGGUACCUUUAUGAACCUAGGCCCUUUGUCCAGGGGCACUGAUUCGAAACCUGCUGUGGCCUCACCUGAGCCAAUACUAAAUAACAAGCUUGUUUUGACCCAGAGACAGGCAGAGGAGACCACAUUUAGGUUGUUAACCAGACUGGGAGAAGCUGCUAAUCCAGAAGCUCUGAGUGCCUGCAUAGAUUUACUCAAUGAACAUCUUAUCUACUUCCCAUCAAGCAAGGCAUUAAUCUGGAAGGAGAAAACUGUAUUCACCUUGCUGAGACUACGGAGAACUUAUAAAAAUGAUCAGGAACUUCAGGACGCUUUAAGAGAGACCUUGGCUCUGAUUGGUUAUAUGGAUCCAGUUAAAGGCUGUGGUGUCAGAAUUCUCUCCAUUGACGGUGGGGGUACCAGAGGUGUGGUCCCACUGCAGUUACUAAAGCUAAUAGAAGAUGAUACAGGCAAAAAGAUCCACCAGCUGUUUGACUACAUCUGCGGAGUGAGCACAGGUAAAUAUGCUGGUGAAGAUUCUCAGUCAUCCAGGUUGUAGUCAUUCCAAAAAGUAAAAGAAAAACAAUAAUCUGGACUUGGUUCCCAAGUUUGAAGUCGUUUCACUUCCCAUCCAGGAAGCUUCUUCAAUUCAAAAUGUCAGAAUUAGCGUUGAGAUUGAAGCUUUAUAUAGUAGCCCAAAAACUUGUUUUGUCUUAGAAAACAUGCAAAUUGAAUCAGAAGAACAUGUCCGCCCCUUAGGAAAGGGGGUCGAUUUGGGUUCUUUCUUAGCCUGUAAUACCCAAUACUUGUCAAUGCCUUUGAAAGGGGGGUCGCUAGGGGCAUUGUUGGUCUGGCUGACUGAGA